AUGCCUAAUGCUACUCUUGCAGCCAACUCCUUACGCAAAGUACCGCAGCAAUUGUGCAUCAUCAAAAUCAUUGGCAACAAACGAAGCAGUGUCCAGAUUGAGAAUGACAAUAAACAUAACAUUACAUCAUUACCACAAUUAUCAACAUUGACACUGGUACUGGUACUGGUGCUAGCACUAACACUAACACUGGACUAUUGUUUUGUAAAAAUGCAAAUACACUAUCUACGCCUAAAAGUUAUCGAUAAAGGCUUGAAAGCAAUAUAUCUUGAACACCCCAUUUUACUUAUAAAUACGCGUGGAAUUCAACCACAAAAAAAAAAAUGUGCCUGGGUUAUGUUACAAUACUUGCGAGAGCGAAAGGUUGAUAUGAUCAUUAUUAUUUGUCAUAAAACUGGACCUGUUGCACAGGACAAGUACUGA